AAGAAAAGAGGGGCUGGAAAUGAAUAUAAAAAGGCUUAGCUCCUACAGUUUAGAACCGCAGCUGCUACAUACAGCAUUUGGCUUUCCAGGUGACAAGGUUCCUGCUCCAUCCAAUCAUGUGUGACGACGAAGAGACCACUGCUUUGGUCUGUGACAAUGGCUCUGGCUUAGUGAAAGCUGGAUUUGCAGGAGAUGAUGCACCCAGAGCUGUAUUCCCAUCUAUUGUGGGCCGCCCACGUCACCAAGGUGUCAUGGUAGGCAUGGGACAGAAGGACUCAUACGUAGGUGAUGAAGCACAGAGCAAGAGAGGUAUCCUCACUCUGAAAUAUCCAAUUGAGCAUGGAAUCAUCACUAACUGGGAUGACAUGGAGAAAAUCUGGCAUCAUACCUUCUACAAUGAGCUGCGUGUGGCCCCUGAAGAACACCCCACUCUGCUUACUGAGGCUCCUCUAAAUCCAAAAGCAAACCGUGAAAAGAUGACACAAAUCAUGUUUGAGACCUUCAAUGUUCCUGCCAUGUAUGUUGCCAUUCAGGCCGUGCUGUCCCUCUAUGCUUCUGGUCGUACUACUGGUAUUGUGCUAGAUUCUGGAGAUGGUGUCACCCACAAUGUCCCCAUCUAUGAAGGUUAUGCUUUGCCUCAUGCUAUUAUGCGUCUAGACCUUGCAGGCCGAGACCUCACUGAUUACCUUAUGAAAAUUCUUACUGAGCGGGGCUAUUCCUUUGUCACUACAGCUGAAAGAGAAAUUGUGCGUGACAUUAAAGAGAAGUUGUGUUACGUUGCUUUAGACUUUGAAAAUGAAAUGGCCACAGCUGCAUCAUCCUCUUCUCUGGAAAAAAGCUAUGAGCUGCCAGAUGGCCAAGUCAUUACUAUUGGUAAUGAACGCUUCCGUUGUCCAGAGACCCUUUUCCAACCUUCCUUCAUUGGUAUGGAGUCUGCUGGUAUUCAUGAAACCACCUACAACAGCAUCAUGAAGUGCGACAUAGACAUUCGCAAAGAUCUCUACGCCAACAACGUUCUCUCUGGUGGAACCACAAUGUACCCAGGUAUCGCUGACCGUAUGCAGAAAGAGAUCACUGCCCUAGCCCCCAGCACAAUGAAGAUUAAAAUCAUUGCUCCACCUGAACGAAAAUACUCUGUCUGGAUUGGAGGUUCCAUCCUGGCUUCACUGUCCACCUUCCAGCAGAUGUGGAUCAGUAAGCAGGAGUAUGAUGAGGCUGGACCUUCUAUUGUCCAUCGCAAAUGCUUCUAAAUAUAUUAUUAUAUAUAUAUAUAUUUCAUGGUACAGUAUUCUGUAUAUGUAUGGCUUAUACAUUAACCCACAGAACUUGCAACCUAUGGACUGUAUAUGAACAGAGACAUAAAAAGCCAGGUGUAAUUCACCUACCUCUUGCAUUUUUUAAUACUCCAAAGCGAUAAUCUAAUAUUGUAUAUUUAUUCAUUAUAUGGGUGAUAAACAGUUAAUUUACCAUAUAAAUAUGUAUAAUUUUUUUUGUUUGGAAUAAUACUCAUUCCAAAACCUGUAAAUGUAUAACCGUGUAAUACACUUGAUGAAAAACUGCUGCUAUAGUGCCAAAUUAAAGAAC